CAUGCUCCCAGCUGGAAGCCCAGAGACGCUGCAGCAGAACAGAGAGGGCCUGCCAGCACUUCAUGUGGCCUGCCUUUAUGGCCAGCUGGAUGCCAUUCAGCUCCUGGUGGACUCACAGCUCGAGUGGAUCAACAGCCGUGACUCCGAAGGUCGCCGGCCCCUUCACGUGGUCCUGACCUUCCAGAGCUCCCCGAACACCUCCGCCUGCCUCAGAUACCUGCUGGAACACGAAGCUGAUGCCAACGCAACCACCGACUCAGGCCAGACCCCACUGCACCUGGCCGCGUCUGAGGGCCUCCUCGAAUGUGUGGAGAUCCUGGUGAAGGCUGGAGCAGAUGUGUUGGCCCAGGACAGCACUGGACUCACACCUCUGGACUUUGCCCGCAUCCGGCAUCACAGGGAGGUAGCAAGGUAUCUGAAAAGCUGCAUGUGGCAGGCAGACAAGAAGAAGGAAAUGGAGGAGAGAAAGCUUGCUCAAGUCUUGUACAGGGAUCUUGUGGAUAUGACCAAACAGAAUAAUCUCAGCAAAAAGACACUUAUCAAUGAGAAGAUGGCAGAGUGGGCAAAUACGAAAGGCUUGCCCCCCCUGAAGGAUUUCUCCCCCAGGAUGCAGGCGACCAAGUAUCACACUCAGUGCCUCGUACCACAUCAGAGCAGCUCUAAUCCGAAAAACACCAAAGGCCUGUGCAGUCCUGGAGGCCCUCAGGAGGACAGGAGCACCAUCACUGAGCUGCCUGCAGUCUCCUCCCCCCGGCCGUGGACCAUCUUCAUGGGCCUCGAGCCAGAGAAGGCCCUCAGAGAGCCCGACCUCCGGGACAGUGUCACAGUGAGCAGGGAUGACAGCAGUAGGCAACUUCAGUACAUCACCAAGUGGGACAGCACACCUCACCCAACUCCUAAGCUGCCACUGGAUGUCCUCGAGAGGGUGUUGUUCCCCAGAGCCUUCCCCUCCAGGUUCGCCUCCCCUCAGCAGUUUGAGCCACAGGACAUCGUGGAGGUCCCGCACCGAGGAUGCCCUCAAGGGCGGAGCACCUCUCCCUGGACGGAGGUGGCCAUGCAUCUGGCUGAGGUGCUGGAGCCCGGACACUACUGAGCUUCCAAAUCUGUACUGAUGGGGCUUCUGAAACUGGUGGAUCAGUGCAGGAGAAAUGCAUUAAAAAUUUAACUGU